UUCCCACACCCUGGCGGAGCCGAGUCCAGAAGGCACGCGGGACACCAGCUCUCCGCGGACCCCCCGUCCCCGCCCCCGCGCCCAUGGCCUUGCCGGGACCCCGAGCCUUACGGGCUGCGCUCUGUGGCGGCUGUUGCUGCCUCCUCCUGUGUGCCCAGCUCGUUGUGGCUGGUAAAGGAGCUCGAGGCUUUGGGCGGGGAGCCCUUCUCCGGAUGAAUGUCUGGCCGGCUGUCCGAGGGGCCUGUGAAGAGCUGAAGCUCUGUGAGCAUUGUGUGGAGGGGGGCAGAGCGCACAACCUCUCCGGCUGCGUGUGGGAGCAAUGUCGUCCCGAGGAGCCAGGACACUGUAUGGACCAAGCUGAGGUGGUCAAGGAAGGUUGUUCUGUCUACAACCACUCAGAGUCGUGUCCAGCUGCCCACCACCACCCCACCUAUGAACCAAAGACAAUCACAACAGAGAGUCCCCAUGUCCCUGAAGCCAACAACCCUGGCUUCGAUGGGGCCAGCUUCAUUGGAGGCAUCGUGCUGGUGCUGAGCCUACAGGCAGUGGCCUUCUUCGUCUUGCGCUUCCUCAAGGCCAAGGACAGCACCUACCAGACACUGGAGGAGAACCAGUAGGUGGUAGCCCAGGCGAGACUUUGGCCUGCAGCUCUGUGGCCUUGGGCAGGACCUCAGCUGUGUGUGCGGUUUGGUUUUCCUCUGAGAAGGGGGGCUGCUUGGAGGUCCCUGUGUGCCGUGUAUGCUGUGGGGCGGGUCACUGCAGCCUCCAUUAAAGUGUUUGCUGUUCCGGCUGCGCCUGUCCGCUGGGGGUGGGGUCCUCAGCCUGGCUGGGGUGAGGCCACCGCCCUGAGCACCCUCUCUGUCUGGCCUCUGCAGAAUCUGACCUCUCAGGCCUGGAUCCCACACUGAGGGGAAGGAGGAUGAAGAGGCUGCCCUCUUGGCCGCCUUGUGGGCACUGGGGGUGGGAAAACCUUUGGCACCAAGUAGUCUCAGCGUGCAAUACCUGGCGCCCCCUCCUGUCCUGGGCCUGGUUCCUGCCGCUGAGACCAUCCUCCAAAUGCCUCCUGUCUUGUCUGUCAUCCCUGUGGGCCCCUUGCAGGACCCCUGCUUGGCAUUGGGCCCGUGCCUGCCUCUUCCCACCUACCCGGCUUGGGCAGCGCCCUCGAAUAAAGGAACUCUC